AUGAUGAAGGCAGCCGUUAUCACUGAAUGGGGAAAACCAUUGCAAAUUCAAGAAAUGCCAAUACCUCGACCAGGACCGAAUGAUAUUCUUGUUAAGAUGGUUGCAAGUGGCAUAUGCCACAGUGAUCUUCAUGAAGCUCGUGGAGAGUGGGGAAUCAAAUCUACUCUUCCGCUUAUUUUGGGACAUGAAGGUGUGGGUUGCAUAGUCGAGUUUGGUAGAGAUGUUUGCCCAGAAAAAUACAAUCUGAAAUUAGGCGAUUUGAUCGGUAUUCAAUUGAUUCAAGGAAGUUGUCUUAAAUGUGAAUUUUGCCUUGCCGGCCGUGAGACUUUAUGUAUGACAAGAACCAGCAGCGGAAUUCACAAGCAUGGUUCUUUUGCCGAGUAUGGUUUAAUGAAUGUCGAGUUUGCUGCGAAGUUACCAGAUGGUUUAGAUCCGUUCAAAUCAGCACCGCUCUACUGUGCAGGUGUUACUAUGCACAAGGCAUUGAAGGUUUCACAUGCGCGAACUAAUGACUGGAUUUCGAUUGUCGGUGUGGGUGGUUUAGGCUCUAUUGGUAUUAAGUUUGCCAAAUUAAUGGGUUUUCGUGUCGUCGGAAUCGUCGCAGAGAACGAUCACGCAGCCGCUAAGCUAGCUCGUGAAAUGGGUGCUGACGAAGUUUAUGAUGGGCCUGGCGAUCAACACAGUGCGUUCGUAAAAGAAAAGACGAAUGGAGGUGUUCAAGCAGCAAUUGUUAGUGUUCCUAUCAUAUCUGCCUAUGAGCAAGCACUCUCAUCAUUGCGACAAGGUGGUCGUCUUGUCAUGAUCGCUCUUCCGUCGACGAAACUUUCGAUUUCAAUAGGUGAAUGUAUUGGAAAACAAUUAGAAAUUGUAGGAUCAUUAGUCGGUACACGAAAUGAUCUGAAAGAAACGCUCGACAUGGCACAAAAAUAUCAUAUCGAAUGUCCAGUACAAAUGUGUCGACUAGAGGAAAUCAAUGAAGUCCUUAAUGACAUGGAGCAUUCUCGUUAUACUGGUCGCAAAGUAAUUGACUUUACAUAA